AUGCGGCUCGCCGUCACCGGUGAUUCAUGGCAGAGCACGGCGGCGGCUGAACCGACAGCACCACCCACAGUAACUAACUGGAGGUAUCCCAGCUCAGAAGCUUUGUAUGGCCGGGAGCCUGAGAACGACGAAGGUUCUCCAGACGAGCUAGAAUUCAAGGCGAAGCUCCGAGCCUCUACAAACAACACAACACGCCAUGAUGGACCACUCUCCGGCGCAAGAGUAGCCGGUGAUGCAUACCUAUUUGAUAAGACCAGCAAUCUCUCGCCCACGAUCCUCUCCCUCAUCGGCCGAAGGCUGUACAAUCAACCCGAUCAUCCAAUCAGUAUCACCAAGAAACUCAUACAAAACACCUUCCCACAAUCAGUAUGCCACAAUGUCCGCAGUCCGGUAGUCACGGUCGAAAAGAACUUCGAUUCUCUAGGCUUCCCAGAAGACCAUCCUGGCCGGUCACGCACGGACACCUAUUAUGUCAACUCGAACCACGUCCUGCGAACGCAUACGUCCGCCCACCAAGCCGCAGCCUUCGAGUACAUGGCCAAGCAUAAAGCCUGGUCCUACAACAUCUGCGCCGAUGUGUACCGCCGGGACAGCAUCGAUCGGAGCCACUUCCCAGUCUUCCACCAGAUGGAAGGCGCACACUGCUUCAGAAAGUCGUACUCGCCACGCAACAGGUGGGAGGCACUACACCAGCGACGCCACGCGAUCGAGGCCAACAUGGAACGCAUACCCAGAUCCGAAGGCCGCUUGAUCAGAGUCGAAGAUGCAGUCCACAACUACAAGUCAAACCCACUACAAACAGAGCACGACGAAGAAGAAGUCAAAUUGCUGACGGAGCACCUCAAACUCAGCCUCGAAAGCCUAAUCGACAGGGUCUUCACCGAAGCCGCCGCGGCCGGCGUAGGCGGCGAAGAAGCCAAAGGCAAACCCAUCCAGAUCCGCUGGGUCGAGGCCUACUUCCCCUUCACAAGCCCCAGCUUCGAGCUCGAAGUCUUCUGGCAGGGCGAGUGGCUGGAGCUGCUUGGAUGCGGGAUCGUCCAACAGCCCAUCCUCAAGAAAGCCGGCUUGCACGAUGCCAUUGGUUGGGCUUGGGGCCUCGGCGUUGAACGCCUCGCUAUGUUGCUCUUCGGCAUACCAGACAUCCGUCUCUUCUGGUCAACUGACCACCGCUUCCUGAGCCAGUUCCAAGAAGGCAAGAUCACAAAGUACGAACCCUUCAGCAAAUACCCUGCCUGCUAUAAAGACGUCGCCUUCUGGAUUCCCGCAUCACCGGCAGCUGUAUCACCGCUCGAGGCGCGUGAGACAGGUGUGGCUGCAGCAGCAGGCGGUGACGCGACGAAAGCCUCUCCAGCAGAAGUCCAACCCGCAGCAUUCCACGAGAACGACGUCAUGGAGAUCGUGCGCGAUAUUGGUGGGACGCUGGUCGAGGAUGUGAAGCUUGUGGAUGAGUUCGUGCAUCCGAAAUCAGGCCGGAAGAGUUUGUGCUAUAGGAUCAAUUAUCGCAGCCUGGAGCGAACGUUGACGAAUGAGGAGGUUAAUGAUUUGCACAGGCAGAUUACGGAGAAGAUGAAGGGGGAUUUGGGUGUUGAGCUGCGGUAG